UCUUUGAAAUUGUUGUUAAUGAAUUUCUCCCAAAUUUGUAUGACAGCCCUAACCCUAACCCUAAUCUUAAACCAAAAUCGACGUAUCCACUGUAUCCUCCAAUUGUGUCGGUUUACAGUUGAAUUUUAUCGAUGUCCUCAGUCAGAUCGCUCAUCGCUCCGUAGAAUUGUACCAGAAACAUUGGGAAUGAAAAAUCCCCAAAUUUGAAUGGAAACCCUAGCCUUGACCCCAUUCACGCCCCUUGCACCCUCCAAAUGUGGUGGUCUUCCGAUCGUAUGGAAAUAUCGUCAUUUCGCUCUCUUCUUUUCUGGUGGUUGAGGAAUAGGAGUCUUUCGUUCUAUUUUUUUAGGAUCGUGAAGGGAGUUCAAUUUGCUCGGAUCGCAGAGCUUGAUUUAGAGAGAGAUUGAACAAUUAGGUUUCUGAGCUUGUCAAGAAUUGCCGAUACUCUUGUAAGAGACGGAGACUAGAAGGAGAGCUCUCUGAACUGAGAAUUUUGUUGUAAGCAGCAUAAGAACACGCAGAGAGAGAGAGAGAGAGAGAGAGAGAGAUGCAGGAUUCGGACAAGUUAACAGGAGUGGUUGAUUGCAGCGUUGGAACAAUUGUCUGGGUUCGGCGACGGAAUGGGUCAUGGUGGCCUGGCAAGAUACUGGGUCCUGAGGAGCUCUCAGCAGUUCAUCUCAUGUCUCCGCGAUCUGGGACUCCAGUCAAGCUUCUUGGAAGGGAAGAUGCAAGUGUGGAUUGGUACAAUUUGGAGAAGUCUAAGCGUGUGAAGGCAUUCCGAUGCGGUGAGUUUGAUGAUUGUAUUGAAAGGGCUGAAUCUUCCCAGGGCAUGCCUCCAAAGAAAAGAGAGAAAUAUGCACGUCGUGAAGAUGCUAUUCUUCAUGCUCUUGAACUUGAGAAGCAACUGCUGGAGAAAAAAUAUGGUAAGUCAGGUUAUUCUUGUAACGGUAACAGCAGUAAAUCUUCUGAUGCUAUUAAGGAGGAGCCACUUGCAUCUUUAGAAUGCUCCAACUAUGGCAAUGGCAAACGUGUAAACAAGUCACAUUCCACGAAACUAGAUUCAUCCCUUGAGGAUAAGAGCUUGAAUCAUCCUCCAUAUAGGAAAAAAGUCAAAGAAGGAAGUCAAUUGCCUGGGACUGAGGAUAUUUCUGAAGCAACUCAGCGGAUGAGAGGUCUGCAGGACAUCGGUCCCAGGAUAUCCCCUCCAAGGCAAAAGUUAUCUUCGUCUGUCACUUCCAGUGGGUCUCAUAAACCUAAGGGUGAAAAUUAUGCUCAUGCUCUUCCUUGCAAUAGAUGUAGCACAGAAAACACAGAUCAAGCCAACAGCAACUUUCUAGACAAAAAAAGAAAGGCAUAUGAUGUAUUAACUGAUGAAUCCCUUGUUAAGAGACGUGAUAGGCGUCGUCCUCUUGUUCAAGUACUACAGAGUAGCAGAAACUUGCCAGUUGGUAACUCCUUCCACCAUGGAAAUGGUGAUGUUCCAGCACAUUUGACUGGAGAAUCUCAGACAGGAGUGGUACAUUAUGCAAGGAGGAACAGUGGUGUGUCUGUUCUUGGUGAGUCUAGCGAUUGCUCGGAUGAUAAACAAAUUUGUUCAAAUCAAAUGGCAAUUUCACCUAACCAUUUUGACGAGAGUAAAUGUCCUCAUCCUGCUGCUUUGAAUGAAGAUAGCACCUCUGAAUCUACAGAAAGUACAGAAACUGAUUCCUCCGAGACUGAUUCCAGUGAUUCAGAUGCAGAUGAGGAGAUGCUGCAACUUUCAGUCACAGAAUUGGAACCAAAAUGUCUGGAACUGUCUGGAGCACGAUUUCAAUAUGGAAACAUAAAUAUUGGGGAGCCUGAUGACUUGGUGUCUGCCAGUAAGAUGUCUUACUCUCAUGACCCUGUGUCAUCUGAUAUGGGGGUAUCCAAAUGGAAACUGAAAGGGAAAAGGAAUAACCGUGGUCUUGCCAAAAGAUCCAUCGAUCCAAGGGGAAGGGUUUCAAGUGGUUCCAUGUAUGGAAUAAAUCAUGAAGACAGGGAUAUCGAUGGUUGUGAUGAGCUAAUUAUAAAGAGCUUGACAACCCGAAGGAGAGCAUUUGACAACCGAGGCUGCUUAUUAACCUCAAAAGCCACAUCCAAAGAUUUAGAUGAUAUGACGCUUAAUAUGAUUGACUGGGGGGAGUUGGCUUGGACUGAUCAACCUCUACCGAGAGGAUACUGGGAGGAUUCAAGCCAUUACCUAGAUCAUCCUGUUGUAGGCCAUCAAAGCUUUGGGGGCAGGAUGAAAUCCAUGUUGAUAGAUGUGGAUCUUAAGGUCCAAUCAAGCUAUCAAAGAGAGCAUGUCCCUAUGAUUUCCCUGAUGAGCAAGUUAAAUGGUCAGGCAAUAGUAGGGCACCCUCUCCAGGUUGAAGCACUGGAAAAUGGUUCAUCUGAAAUUUUUCUUUCAGCUGCUGAUGGUAUUAACCCCGAAACUUUAGAUAACGAUACCCCACUUACUCCAAUGUGGAGAACUGCCAGGAGAACAGCCAAUUUUCGGGUCCCUCGCUCACAUCCAUCAGUGACACUGGACGCCGAAGAAACUGCGCAGCAGUGUCAGUAUGUCGAUCAAGACAAGAAAAUGCUAACCAAGAAAUCUAGCAUGAGGAGUUUUGGUCACAAGGCAGGUAUGAUGAAGAGGCCUCAAACAGACAGGAAGUUUUCAAGAACGCUGCCAAAAAUGAUCAGCUUAUCUUCCAACCAGAAGACGAAAACUGUGUGUUCCAUUAGCCAGGAAGAGGAUCUUGGUAGUGAUUUCGAACAAGGUAGCAACAAAGUGGAUGGGCUAAUUAAAAGGGAAUCUGGCCCCACUGUAGUAGCUUGUAUCCCUGUUAAAUUAGUAUUCAGUAGGUUGUCAGAGGAGUUAGUUGGCCGGCAUCAAUAAAAUCUGGUCAUGGGCCCUUCUGCCAGUGACCCACCCGGUACAGAGAGUUACAGCUACAUGUAAAUUCUAUUAUCAAACCAAUGAUCUUAUACUGCUGCAUGGGGUUUUCUGCCCUACAAAAACACUCCCAUCUUUGCUUUGUUGCAAGCAUUUGAAGGACAUGGAAAUUUUGCAGGUGACUACUGCAAGUUCAAUCUCACGUGGCUCCAGCAAUUCAGGAUGAGCCAUGGCUGUUUGUUGGUGGAUUUUGAAGAAGCAUUAUAGAGAAUGUAGACCAAAGAGCAGGCUGCCACAGUUCUUGUGAGAGUUAGAGAGGUAGAUAGCGGCAACUUGAAAGAGACAAAGUGUACAUUGUGUUUUCCUUGAGACACUUCGUGAUCCCAAUCAGUGUUCGUAAUUUAAUAUAUGGGGGAACCUGGAACCUCUGCAUUGGAGGUUGUAUUUUGGUUAA